CGAAUUUCUUUCCUAGCAAAAUAGUACUAUUCUUUAUUCUUGAAAAUAUGUAGUACAAACCCUUUUCUUUGUUUUUCUGAGAGCAAGAAAUUCCUAGGGGUAUUGGUUGGUGUAGUGGUACCUCAGAAAAACCAAGUGGGGCUUCUUGAUUAUUGAGGUCCUACUUCCCACUUGUUGUUUUCUGCCCUUGCCCUGACCCCUUUUCACUUUAAUUGACAUUUAUUUCUACUAUCCAAUUAGUCUUUCUUCCUUUUUGUCCAUUUUCUACAUCUUUGUUACAUUUUGCUAGCCCUUUCUUGGUUUGCUCUAGUUGUUUAUCCAAUAAAGGAACAACCUUUUUCAAGAUUGUAGAUUGGUUUUGUGUGUGCAGAGUAUUUUUAGGCUCAAUUCUUGAACUUGUCUUCAAGAUUGAGUCUUUUUGCUGCUCAGGUGUGAAGUAACCACUUAGGUUCUUGGAUUUGAUUUGGUCAACUUUUGGAAGAGCUUAAACUCUGCAGUUCUUGUUAUUACAGGUCUCAAAGGUAAGUGAUUUGUAACUGUGAUUCAUGAUUGGAGUGAGACAAUGGAGAGGUUUAUGGCCAGCCUUUUUGUUUCUUUAGUACUAGUACUAAGUAUUGUGGUUUAGUGAAAACUACAAAAAUGAAAAAUUUUCUCAAGAAACUUCAUAUUGGGUCCAAUCAAACUGAGGAUUCAGAAGGGUCAACAUCCUCCUCAAGGAGCAAGAGAUUAAGUGAUGAUUCAUCCCCUGAAAAGCUUUCAAACUCAAGAACCUAUCAUGGGUCUGACAAUAAACCUUUUUCAGCAAUUUCAGGAUGGUUAAAUUCAGUUACAAAUCGGAACAAUAGCCCCAGUCCCCCGUCUUCCUCAAAUGUGAGUAGAGGGAAUAGAAUGGAACAUUCUGGCUCUGCGAGUAUCAGUGGCACGGAUGGUGCUGCUUCAGAUGCUGUACAGCGUGAUUCGGAGUCUAGCAACUCGAGGGAUCCUGGUAUAGAGGAAGAGUAUCAAAUUCAGUUGGCUCUUGAGUUGAGCGCGAAGGAAGACCCUGAGGCAGUUCAAAUUGAGGCUGUUAAGCAGAUCAGUUUAGGCUCUUCUGCCCCAAAGAAUGCUCCAGCGGAAGUUGUAGCAUAUCGGUACUGGAAUUACAAUGCUCUAAGCUAUGAUGACAAGAUCCUGGAUGGAUUUUAUGAUCUGUAUGGUGUCCUGAUGGAGUCCAAUUCCUCGAAAAUGCCCUCCCUCAUUGAUCUGCAAAGAGCGGAAGUAUUAGACCAUAUCAGUUGGGAAGCCAUCCUUGUCAGUAAAGCUGCAGACUCCAAGUUGUUGAAACUUGAACAGAGAGCUCUAGAGAUUGCUGUUGAGGAGAGGUCAAAACUCAUAGAUUUUUCAGACAGCUGUUUGGUGCAAAAGCUUGCUGCGCUAGUUUCUGACCACAUGGGGGGCCCAGUUGUGGAUCCAGAGAGCAUGUUGCUUGCAUGGAGAAGUCUUAGUUAUAAUCUGAAGGCAACUCUAGGGAGUAUGGUCUUGCCUCUUGGUUCUUUGACCAUUGGCUUGGCUCGUCAUCGUGCAUUGUUAUUCAAGGUUUUGGCUGAUAGUGUGGGGAUCCCUUGCCGAUUAGUAAAAGGAAAGCAGUAUACCGGUUCAGAUGAUGUUGCAAUGAACUAUGUAAAGAUCGAUGGAAGGGAGUAUAUUGUUGAUUUGAUGGCAGCCCCCGGCACAAUUAUUCCAUCUGACACAUGUGGAGUGCAUAGAGACUGUGAAGAAUCUAUUCUCUCCAUCAGUCCAUCCUCCAAAGAUGUUGAUUCUCAUCCGGGUUCCUUCAGUAGUGGGAUUGCUUCUUCAUUGGAAGAUCAUUCAGACUAUGGAACGGCAGACAAGAGAUCCAGGUUUGCAGAAAGCACUAUUGCAGAAAAUGAAUCUCCCUCUUAUGGUAAUUCAGAACAGCAGAUAAAAGCAGAGAAAGAAUAUUAUAAUACCGUCCAUGAUUUUACAAAUGCUCUCGAUAUGAAGGAGCAAGGACAGGAAACUUCUUCGGGAGCUGGGCAUACAAGAUCUUCUUUUACACAUGCAAGAUCUCCUUCCUGGACAGAAGGUGUUAGCUCCCCAGCUGUACGCAGAAUGAAAGUAAAGGAUGCUUCACAGUAUAUGAUUGAUGCUGCCAAAGAAAAUCCACAGCUAGCUCAAAAACUUCACAAUGUUUUACUUGAAAGUGGAGUUAUUGCACCACCUAACCUGUUCGCUGAAAUCUAUCCAGACCAAUUAGAUGCAGAGGGAAAAUCCAGGCUAGAGGAAAUAGAAAGUAAAGAAACAGAUGGGUUCCAGAAAAUCAGGGAUCAAUCUGAUGUGAAUCGAGCCCGCUUCUUACCUCCUCUGACUUAUCACGGUCCACACUCUAAAGGCAAUGCACGCGGACCGUUGGAACCUCAGCCAGAUGUGAGAGAAGUUGGUGGACAGCAAGCUCCAUUGAAACAUAAGGAAAAAAUGCCUGUUGCUGCCGCCGCCGCCGCAGCAGCUGUUGUUGCCUCUUCGAUGGUAGCUGCUGCAGCCAAGACUACUAACUCUCAUACGGACCUUCCUGUAGCAGCUGCUGCCACCGCCACUGCCACAGCUGCAGCAGUGGUCGCAACAACUGUAGCCGUCGGUAAGCAAUAUGAGGCACUAGGAGACUCUGAAAGAGUUGAUGGAGAUGCAGAUACUGCUAUCAAUGAGCAACAGGGAAGUGGUCAUUCAGAGGGUGAAAGAAUAUCAGAUAGGUCAAGCGGUAGUGCUAAAUCGGAUGUGACAUUUGAUGAUGUGGCAGAUUGUGAGAUUCCAUGGGAGGAUAUCACCUUGGGUGAGCGUAUCGGACUUGGAUCUUAUGGAGAGGUCUAUCGUGGAGAAUGGCAUGGAACUGAAGUUGCUGUGAAGAAGUUCCUGGAUCAAGAUAUAACUGGUGAAUCCCUUGAAGAGUUUAGAAGUGAGGUGCGGAUCAUGAAACGACUCAGACAUCCAAACGUUGUUCUAUUCAUGGGAGCUGUUACUCGUUCUCCACAUCUUUCAAUCGUUACUGAGUUUCUUCACAGAGGUAGUCUAUACAGAUUACUCCAUCGACCCAACAAUCAGUUAGAUGAGCGCAGAAGGUUGAGGAUGGCUCUUGAUGCUGCUCGAGGGAUGAACUAUCUACACAACUGCACUCCGGUGAUAGUUCAUCGAGAUUUGAAGUCUCCGAAUCUCCUAGUAGAUAGGAAUUGGGUUGUGAAGGUAUGUGAUUUUGGACUGUCAAGAAUGAAGAACAGCACAUUUCUUUCUUCCAGGUCGACUGCUGGGACGGCAGAGUGGAUGGCCCCAGAAGUGCUGAGAAAUGAACCUUCAAAUGAAAAAUGUGAUGUAUAUAGCUUUGGUGUCAUACUAUGGGAGCUCUGUACUUUGCAGCAACCAUGGGGAGGAAUGAACCCAAUGCAAGUUGUUGGUGCUGUGGGAUUUCAGCAUCGCCGUCUUGACAUACCAGAGGAUAUGGAUCCGGCUAUUGCAGACAUUAUCAGGAAAUGCUGGCAAACAGAUCCAAAGUUGCGGCCUUCAUUUGCCGAGAUUAUGGCUGCUUUGAAACCACUACAAAAGCCUAUUACUAGUUCACACGCACCAAAACCACCAGCUGGCAGAGGUUCGGGAAGGGUCAGCCAUCGCGAAACUUAGAAAAUCCAACCGCGGAGCAGGGCUAGUACCGAAGAACGUAAACAGACGUGUAUUUUUCGUUGGAAAAGACAGGUCCAAAUUUGAGCACAAGAAGCUAAAGGAAGACAUUAAAGAACCUGACAAUCACAUACUUCAUAUUUAAGCCAAUUGUGAUUCUUUUGUUUAAUCCCUUUACGAGUAGUAUUUUUGGCAUUGUUCCCCCUAGUCCUCAAAAUUGUCUAUCUGCCCUUGUAUAUUCAUUUUGAAUCUCUUGUGUAAUUAAAAAAGAAAAAAAAAGUGUUGCUUAGAAGAA